AUGGCGGUCGGACGACGAAGAACGAAGCCGGAGAAGUUUUGGGCGAAAUCUCGACGGUUGGCAGCAGGACCUGGAUGGGGUAGGAAGAGGACGGCGGCCCGGUCAUUUUGGUACCGGCCCCGUCAACUUUGGUGGCCGGACGAGAGCACGGCCGGCCAAAACGUGGCCGACUGUUUCAGCGGUCGCGAACCAUAG